AUGCCGGCCCAAGCUCCAGACAAGUCCAAUCCUACGGCCGAUCCGACAUUGCCAGUAUCUUACAGCAGACCGAUCAACCGGCAAAGGGGCAGCACGCGCAGCACCAGCAUUGCCGGCGGAGGAGCUCUUGCGGAGUGGGCUUUCAAGAAGCUCAUGGCCAAGGUCAAGAAAGCUUGCAAGACCGGUCGUGCUGGCCCCGAUCAGGAAGCAGGCUGGCGAGACUUAGUUGGCAGCAGCGGUCGCAUGCGACGUUCGCUGGCGGGCUCCGCGCCCUACGGCGGCUUCCUCUCUUGGGUUUGCCUGCAGCUGGACUUUUGGGAAUCAGAUCUCAUCUCCAGCGAUGACGGCUUCCACGUCGUAGAAUCAUCUGCAACGCAGUCAGGUUUGCCUGAAGCUGGUCUUUUGGGAAACGAAUCUUGUCUCCACCUUGAGAAUGGAGAAGAUUCGCACCAACUGACUAAGCUCCUGAUCACACGCGGCGUCGAUCCGAACACACGCGCGCUGCUUGACCUCCUUGAGAUAUCUAGCACUAAGAAGCUUGCAACGCCGCUGCAAGACGCUGUAAACAACCACAAGCGCGCCCGAAUCGACCUCCUACUCGCGCACGGCGCAGAUCCCAAUAUGGUGGCCUCCGCGGACGGCCUGAACCCCCUCGAGGUAGCACUACGCCAAAGAUCUCCGGAGGUUGUCGACGCACUCUUGCGCCACGGCGCGGCGAAGUAUGCCGUUGCCAAUCCGACCAACAACGGAAGUUUCAACAUCCUCACACACCCCGACGCAUUGGAAGGACUGGGAAGGCGGUACGGGUGUGCCUCCGGUUCAUCCUACUGGACGACCAUCCAGGUCCAAUUCGAGAAGGGACCGGUCCAUUUGCUAAAUACACGAAGCGGAAGCAGCGCGCCUGGAGUCGUCGGACUCCAACGGCCCGCCGCCCUCUGGGUGUUCCUCGCCCCGUCCCACCAUCGCAGGACCAUCGUCAUCCAACCAACCAGUCAGACGCGUCAGCAAUGCUACAGCUCCGACUCAGGACCGCCCGCAUAG